UUGUGAGCUGCCUGUUGCUCUCUGCCCCCGGCCGCCCGUUUCCCGCCAGGAAGGUAGGCGGUCUGAGAGUGCCAGCGCGUGGGCUGCUUCCCGCCCUCCUCUCCUCCCUUCUUACCGGUGAUCGAGGACCUCCCCCACACACACACGGUGUCCCCGACAGCGCGGACACUGCAAGCACCCGGCGCGUCCUGGACCAAGCGCCCGGACUCCGGGUGCCUCGCCGCGAUGAACGCGAGCUUCCUGAAUCACAGCGGCUUGGAAGAGGCAGGUGGUGACGCCAGGGCCGCCCUGGGGAACCGCAGCCACGGGCUGGGCACGUGGCUAGACUGCUGCCCCGGGGGCGCACCGUUGACCGCCAGCGAUGGGGUCCCCGCGGGGCUGGCACCCGACGAACGCAGCCUGUGGGUGUCGCGCGUGGCGCAGAUCGCCGUACUCUGUGUGCUGUCGCUCACCGUGGUCUUCGGUGUUUUCUUCCUGGGCUGCAACCUGCUCAUCAAGUCCGAGAGCAUGAUCAACUUUCUGAUGCAGGAGCGCAGGCCCUCCAAGGACGUGGGCGCCGCCAUCCUGGGACUAUACUGAGCUCCAGCCGCCCUCGCCAGCGUCGUGGCACCGAGGAAGGGACCGCCGAGCCUCUUUCUCAAGGCUUUAGCCACCGCCUGCGGUCAGCGACGUGGCUGGCAAGGCUCCGACCUGGACAUCUCAGAAUUCGGCAGCGGCAGCAGUGCGUGAAGAGACUGUCACCCCGGGGCUCUCUUCCUAUGUGCGCUCCAGGGAGGGCCAGGGGCGCAGGGUUUGUCACAGGUUUUUUACAAAGAGAAGUUCGGGUUAGGGUGGAAGGGAGGGGAGAGGGAGAUGCAAUGCGGGGUUGAGGUCACUCGAGUGGGGAUUUCGGGCAUGUUGGUGGGGGCCGGUUCCAAGGAGGGCACGGGAAGAGUCUCUGAGAUUUUGCAGCUGAUCUCGCAUUGCAUCUGAAAAUAAAUUUUGUAAUAAAACCAUA